AUGGAACCUCGAGUCGGAAACAAGUUUCGGCUCGGAAGGAAGAUCGGUAGUGGAUCAUUUGGGGAGAUCUAUCUUGGUACCAAUAUCCAGACGAAUGAAGAAGUUGCAAUUAAACUUGAAAAUGUGAAAACUAAGCAUCCUCAGUUGUUGUAUGAAUCGAAAUUGUAUAAAGUAUUACAAGGAGGAACUGGCGUUCCAAACGUUAAAUGGUAUGGUGUUGAAGGGGACUAUAAUGUCCUUGUGAUAGACUUGUUGGGGCCUAGCCUUGAAGAUCUAUUCAAUUUCUGUAGUAGGAAACUGUCACUAAAGACUGUACUAAUGCUUGCAGAUCAAAUGAUCAAUCGCAUUGAAUUUGUUCAUCAGAAGUCAUUUCUACAUCGGGACAUCAAGCCUGACAACUUUCUCAUGGGUCUUGGGAGGCGCGCAAAUCAGGUAUAUGUCAUUGACUUUGGUCUGGCAAAGAAGUAUAGGGACUCAAAUCAUCAGCAUAUUCCUUAUAGGGAAAACAAAAACUUGACUGGAACUGCUAGAUACGCUAGCAUGAACACUCACCUUGGCAUUGAACAAAGUCGUAGGGAUGAUUUGGAGUCGCUUGGAUUUGUUCUCAUGUACUUCUUAAAAGGAAGUCUUCCUUGGCAAGGACUGAAAGCUGGCAAUAAGAAGCAAAAGUAUGAGAAAAUCAGUGAAAAGAAAGUAUCCACAUCUAUUGAGUCUUUAUGCCGAGGCUAUCCAUCUGAAUUCGCAUCUUAUUUCCAUUAUUGCCGUUCCCUGAGAUUCGACGACAAGCCAGACUAUGCCUACCUGAAACGGCUUUUCCGCGACCUGUUUAUCCGCGAAGGCUUCCAGUUUGAUUAUGUAUUUGACUGGACGAUCUUGAAGUAUCAACAAUCACAGAUUGCUACUCCCCCUCCUCGUCACCAUGUUCCUGGAGCUGGGCCAAGCUCUGGCCUUCCCCCUGCCAUUGCUAGUGCUGAGAGGCCAUUAGGUGGUGACGAAGCUAGACCUUCUGGCUGGUCAUCAGGAAACCUAAACCCUAGACGAAGCUCUGGUCCUUCCGGACCAAUUUUUAACUCAGGAAGCUUAGGUAAACAAAAAGCACCAGUUUCAAGUGAUCCCGCAAUAUCAAAAGAUGUAAUGUUGUCUAGCUCUAGCUUUCUCCGUGCAACUGGAUCAUCAAGACGCGCUGCUGUAUCAAGUAGUCGCGAGGCUGCAAUUCUGGGAACUGAUUCCGAGCCAUCAAACCCUCAAAUCACUGAAGCUGGAUCAGGCUCCAACCCGAAGAUCCUUGGUGGUCGAAGCUCACCUAUCGUCUCAUCUGAGAUCAACAAGCUGUCAUCUCCUUCAAGGGGAACAAGUUCAGUGAUGAAGAACUACGAGGCCAAUCUCAAAGGUAUCGAGAGUCUGCAUUUUUAG